UAGGGUUCUCUCUCCUCUCCUCUCCCCCGAUCUAAUACCCAUUUUCGUUCCUUCAUCCCCAAAGCCCGCUCCUUUCCUCAUCUAACCCUAAACGACUAGUAACCCACGUAGAGAGAGAGAGAGAGAUAGAGAGAGAUUCGCGGUGGUGGUGUUUUCCGAGAGAUGUUGAAUGUCAGGUUCAUUGAUGAAUCUGUUGUCUCUCUGUUUCAAGCCGUUCGGGCAAACCUUCGAUAGCUCAGAGUCCGGAUCGGGCGGCGGCGGCGGAAACGGCGAAGGGAAAGACGGGCUGCUCUGGUUCCGCGAUCUCGGCAAGUACCGCGGCGGAGAGUUCUCCAUGGCCGUGAUUCAGGCCAAUCAGGUCCUCGAGGAUCAGAGCCAGAUCGAGUCCGGCAAUUUCGGCACUUUCGUCGGCGUCUACGACGGUCACGGCGGCCCUGAAGCUGCUCGUUACGUCUGUGAUAAUCUCUUCAACCGCUUCCGAGAGAUAUCAGCGGAGACUCAGGGAGUUGUGACGAGAGAGACUAUAGAGAGAGCCUUCCACGCGACUGAAGAAGGCUUUGCUUCUAUUGUCUCUGAGCUGUGGAGUACGAUGCCUAAUUUAGCAACUGUUGGGACUUGUUGUUUGGUUGGAGUGAUUUAUCAGAGUACUCUCUUCGUGGCGAGUCUUGGAGACUCGCGUGUUGUUCUCGGGAAGAAAAGUAACUGCGGUGGUGGUGGGCUCUCUGCUAUUCAGCUUUCGAGUGAACACAAUGCUAAUAACGAGGAUAUUCGUUGGGAGCUUAAGGACUUGCAUCCUGAUGAUCCGCAGGUCGUUGUGUUUAGACAUGGUGUUUGGAGAGUUAAGGGCAUCAUCCAGGUUUCGAGAUCUAUAGGAGAUAUGUACAUGAAACGGCCAGAGUUUAACAGGGAACCGAUCGCUCAGAAGUUCAGGCUUGCAGAGCCAAUGAAGAGACCUUUGAUGUCUGCAACACCAACCAUACUCUCUCAUCCGCUGCACCCUAAUGACUCCUUCCUCAUCUUUGCGUCUGAUGGUCUUUGGGAACAUUUGAGUAACGAGAAAGCAGUUGAGAUCGUUCAUAGCCAUCCUCGCGCUGGAAGUGCAAAGAGGCUGAUAAAAGCGGCUCUUCAAGAGGCAGCGAGGAAAAGAGAGAUGAGGUAUUCAGAUCUAAGGAAGAUUGACAAGAAAGUGAGACGCCAUUUUCAUGAUGACAUCACGGUUAUAGUAGUGUUCUUGAACCAUGACCUCAUCUCAAGAGGGCACACGAACACAACAACCCAAGACUCAGCACUCUCGGUCCGGAGUGCUCUUGAACACUGAGGAGGAAACAUUAAUUUACAAAAUGUUUUUUUAUUUUCAUCUUCUUACUUGGUUGGUUUAUAUGACACUUCUUCUGCCUAGAAGGUAAUAAAAAACACUGGGCAAAUAUCAAAAAUGUGGAAACGGCAUCAGUACGUAAUGAGUUGUGUUGUAUUAAGCGGGUAUGUUUGGUUUCGUUUUCAAGUCUGCAUAGUUCGUUCUC